CGUAGUUAUAAGAGUGGCCUGGCUGGCUGUUGAGAAAUCUUAGCCUUGGGUCGUGCCAGUAUUUUGUGCUGGACACCUUCAAGAUACCCUCAUCUCGCCCUUUCAACUACUACAGGAACAGAUAGUCCCCAGCUAAACAAAAUCAAAAUCAAAAAUCAAAUACAUACAAGAUGGCUCCUUUCGCUACUACCUACUCUUGGCCCAAUGACCCUCGUGUCGCCAGGGUUCACGUCCUCGGCAAGCUUGGCGGCCUCGAGAUCGAGAGCGCACCCAACUUCCAGAUGGGCGUCACCAACAAGUCGGAAGAGUUCUUGGCCAAGUUCCCCCUCGGAAAGAUUCCCGCUCUGGAGACCGCAGACGGAUUCUGCGUAGCCGAGUCGGCGGCCAUGGCCUACUACGCCGCUGCCGCUGGCAACAUCGCCGACCAGCUGCUCGGCGCCGAUGCCAAGACCAAGGCUAAAAUCAUGGAGUGGGCCUUCUUCGCCGACAACGAGCUCAUAGCCAACACCAUGCCUGUCUUCGUCAUGUGCGUCAUCAAGCUGUACCCGGCCGACGAGAACCGCUACAAGAGCUCCGUCGCCAACAUCGAGCGUGCCCUCGGCAAGCUCGAGGCCACCCUCUCCAAGGGUAACGGCAAGUACCUUGUCGGUGACAAGAUCACCUAUGCCGACCUCAUGGUCUUUGCUCCCCUGUUCUUUGCUAGCAGCUCCCUUUUGGACGCCGAGAUGCGCAAGUCUGCUCCGACAGUCAUCACGUACCUCGAGAACCUGGCCGCCAUUCCCGAGAUCAAGGAGACAUUCGGCGAGCUUAAGUUUGUCGAGCAGAGGACAUGGUCACGCGAAACGCCCCAGGAUCCGCUCGAACCGAGGGUGCCAUCAUCCCAUAAAAAUAAUUGCUUCGUUCGCUCAUACCAAGAUCUGAAGUUCCGCGGCAAGAAGGUCCGUGAUGGUCUCAAGAGGGAGACCAAAGUGCUCUGUGAGCAUUUGAAGCCAUCUCAAGCCGCGUUGUACAGAGUUCCGACGUUCAAGUGCCCCAACUUUCAAGAUGAUGGCAGUCUGUUCGAGGAGGAAAACCACAGAAACUUCGCCAGGGGCGAUUUCUAUCCCGUAGAGCUCGGCAAGAUCCUCAAGGGCACUUCUUACCAAACUCUCAUCAAGCUUGGCUGGGGUGACUCUUCCACAGCCUGGAUGGCAUUCGACCUCAGGUCAGAAACCUUUGUGGCGCUCAAGAUCUGCACCCGACUCUCCCCCGAGUCCGACCGACUGGAGGAUUGCCAACGCCGAAUGUCGAUACACGCCAACCCCAAGCACCCAGGCUAUCCCUUUAUCAAUCACACCCGACCCGUGGAGCCGAUCCGACGACCGGGCGGCGCGACGAGCACGCCGUCGUCCGACGUGAUCCCCAACGACGAGCGCCACGCCUGCCUGGUGCAGAAGCUCAUGUGGAGGUACUGGGCGACGGUCUGCUCGAGCGCGUGCUGGCGCAACCACCGCCUCCGGCGCGGCACCAAGCAGCUGCUGCUGGGGCUCGACUACCUGCACGGCGAGUGCGGGCUCGUGCACGGCAACGUCUGCGAGGCCAACGUCGGGUACAGGGUGCCGCUGGACGAGACGGUCAUCAGGGAGACGCUGGGCCUGAUCAGGACGCCGCCGAGCAGGACGACGACCGCCCGGCCCCACGUCAAGACGGUCACGGCCAGGGACUGCACCGACUUUAAGCUCUACCGGUCGACGCCGUUCGACGAGGACAAGCUCGGCAACACGACAAACUUUUCCAAGGUUCUUUUGGGGAGCUUUGGCCAGUCGAGGGUGGCGUAUGAGGUUUGGGAUCCUGAGGGUACUCCAAAGUCCAUGUAUAUGGCACCUGAGGUGCUUUUGGGUCUUGAGGUGGCAUUUGCUGCUGAUGUUUGGAACCUGGGCCUGAUGCUCUGGAAGCUAUGGCGCCGUGAAUACCUCAUCAAUGGAUCCCCUGAUUGUGACGGUGACGAUCCUCUCCUUCAUUGGGACCCCAUGUCACACAUAGCUUCCAUCGUAUCAACAAUCGGACCACCACCUAUGGACAUGCUGGAGCGAGGACGCUUUAGUGAACGUUACUUUACACCAGAAGGGAUUCCGCGCAUGGAAUGUACCGGCCAGAAGCAUGAGCCCACGCUCAAGAACGACUCUUUUGAGGACCUGGUGUGGAGUAUGGUCCGAUGGAGGCCCGAGGACCGGAAGACGCCCAAGCAGCUCCUCGACCACCCCUGGCUCAACGAGGAGCUUUGA